AUACCCAAUGAGUUACAGAGUGACUGACGGCCAGGGACAGCUGCAACCACCAGCCAACCAACCAACCAACCAACCAACCCGUGGAGACUGUCCACAGCAAUCUGAGCAGCCCUGUGUACCCUGACAGUCCGGCUCUGUUGUAGGGAGGGAAACGGAACCCGACCAGGACAAGGAGACCGAACAAAAUGGCUGCCCUAACUAUAGACCCGAUUGAGCAGCCUCGGAUGUACCAACAGACCCUGCUUCAGGACGGACUGUGUGACCUCUUAGAGAAUGACAAGUUUGUGGACUGUGUACUCAAAAUUCAGGACGAGAAGUUCCCCUGCCACCGCUUGGUUUUGGCGGCCAGCAGCCCUUUCUUCAAGGCCAUGUUGCUGUCUGACCUGGAGGAAAGCAAGAAGCGUGAGAUUGUCCUCAAAGAUGUGGAGCCAGGUGUUAUGGGGAUGAUCUUGCGCUACUUGUACACCUCUGACAUUAAUCUAACAGAACAGAACGUCCAGGAUAUCUUCAUUGUUGCAAACAUGUACCAGAUCCCCUCCAUCUUCUCUGUAUGUGUGUCCUACCUCCAAGAGAAGCUAGUGCUGGGAAACUGCUUGGCUAUCUUCAGGCUGGGACUUCUGCUGGAUUGUCCCAGGCUUACUCUGAUUGCUAGAGAGUUCAUCUGCGAACGCUACCACGUCGUUGUCAGGGACCCGGACUUCCUGCAGCUGGGCCCGAGUGAACUGGCCAUCAUCAUCACCUCUGACGCCCUAAACAUUGAGCGGGAGGAGCUGGUGUUUGAAUCUUUGAUGGACUGGGUCAGACAUGACGAGACAAACCGUGUUAAGGACCUGCCAGAGCUGUUGCACUGCAUCCGUUUCAGGCUCAUACCUGUGAAUUACUUCAAAGACAAAGUAGAGUGUCACCAGUACCUUCGGUUCAACCAGGAUACAAAGAAGGAGCUGGAUCUUGUCAAGGAUGCUUACAGGGGGUGUCUACCAAAGCCCAGGAAGCCCAGCAGUGACGAGGCAAAGAAGGGAGAAGAAAGUGAUGAUGAGGACGAUGAGGAGGAGGGGUACUUGCCUGGAAUACUCAACAACAACCCUCGUUUUGGGAUGUUUGAGCUGGACCUGAUACUUAUGAUCAGUGUCACAGGGACUGUGGCCUAUGACCCGGUAGGAAACGAAUGCUUUGUGGUCUCACAGUCCACAGAAAUUCCCAAGAACCACUGCAGCCUUGUGACCAAAGAGAACCAGGUGUUUGUUGUUGGAGGACUUCUCUACAAUGAGGAGGACAAAGACGAACCAUUCAGCUCUUACUUCCUGCAGUUUGACCCAGUAAGUUCAGAGUGGUUAGGGAUGCCGUCACAGCCCAACCCUCGCUGUUUGUUUGGUCUGGCUGAAGCUGAAAACUCCAUCUUUGUUGUUGGAGGAAAGGAACUAAAGGAAGGCGAGCAUGUCCUGGACUCAGUCAUCAUCUAUGACAGACAGUCAUUCAAAUGGGGAGAGUCUGACCCUCUGCCUUAUGAAGUGUAUGGCCAUGGAACCGUAUCACACAAAGGUCUUGUCUACGUCAUUGGAGGAAAGUCUCAAAGCAAGAAAUGCAUGAGAAGAGUUUGUGUCUACAACCCCACUAAGUUUGAGUGGAAGGACCUGGCUCCUCUGAAGACGGCCCGCUCCCUGUUUGGUAUCACCGUUCACAAAGACCAGAUCUUUGUAGUGACCGGGGUCACGGACGAAGGCCUCACCAGCUCUGUGGAGGUCUACAACAUUGCCACCAACAACUGGUCUGAGUUCACAGAGUUCCCUCAGGAGCGUAGCUCUCUCAAUCUGAUCUCGAUGGGAGGUUUCCUGUACGCUGUGGGGGGCUUUGCCAUGAUGCCCAGUGAAACCAGCGAGGAGCCCGUCCCAACAGAGAUGACUGACAUCUGGAGAUAUGAUGAGUCAGACAUGUGCUGGAAUGGGAUUUUGCGGGAGAUCAGCUAUGCAGAGGGAUCCACUAUUCUUUCAGUGCGUCUCAACACUCUGCGCCUCACCAAGUUAUAACUGAACUGAGCUCUUAAUGGUGCUGAGAGCUUAAUGGUGUAACAUUAGCAUUGAAGUGAAUGAUUGUAGCAUUCUCAUGAUGGACAUUGGCCCAAAAUUGGUUUAGGGUACAAAAUGUUUCAGUUACAAUUGAAUUUGGUCUCUGAAGAUGAAAAAGUGUUAUGAAAUCAGCAACAAGUUGUUUUACCUUGUGUUUUACAGCAGGGGGAGACAGUUACAAGUUAAGUCUAAAUGAGGCUAGAUGUGAAGGACAUGAGUUAGAAUAUCACACCAAAUGUAUUUUAUAAAAAGCUAAAAUGUUGAUUUGUACAUCUGAUUUUUGUUGUUCUAUUAUGUUUCUUUAAUACCUGUUUGCUUUAUUUUAAGCAGAUAUAAAGGUAAUGGUUGACUGUAUUGCUUUAAGUGGUGUAUCUUACUUUUAGUUGAAGAACUGUCCACAGUGCAAACGGUUUUAUUCAUCUUCAUUUAACAUUUUGUUCAACAACAUCUUUACAGUUGAUUCCACAUAUUAUACAGUACGCCAUAUUUACACAAAAUGUACAUUGCAACAAAUAGGAUACACUUUAGUUACAUUAUGAAAAUAUGAAAAUAUGAAAAUAGCAUGAGUGAGUGGCAUUUAAAUGUAAACAUCGAUUUCCAGUUGACACCUGAGCACUAUAAGCCAUCACCACAAAACACAUCAUAAACAAUUUUUUUUACCAUUUAUACAGUCUCAUAUUGUAUACAAUAACUGUGUGUAACAAUUAGUCUGAGGUACUUUCAGUUAGAUUCAGUUCAGUCUCAGUUUUACACACACUGGUACAACAAGAAAGGGCACUAAAGUAAACUUCAAACUCCAACAUUACUCCCACAUGAAAUGUGACACUGUCCCUGCCUGUACAUAUUAAUUACUAAAAAACGUCUUUUUUUGUGUUGGAAGUGGCAUCAAAUACAUGUUUGAAAACAUUAUUAAACACAGAGAUAUAACUUCUAUCAUGCAUUAUGUCAUUACACUUACAUCAAACAAGACUAAGCAUCUACAGUCAAGCAAGCAUCAGUGUGAGACAGCGCUUUGAGUUUAAGGCUAGCAUGCUAACAUGUUCUCAAUGAAAAUGCUUUAGAGUGUAUAUAUGUUUAACAUAUUCACCAUCUCCGGCAUGCUAGCAUUUGCUAAUUAGUACUAUACUCAAAGUAUAGGCUAAUGAGAAUGCCAUUAGUUCUGCAGUUACUAGUCCUAAAUCAAAGUAUUGACGACAAUGCUAAAUGAAAAGUUAAACGUCUUGUGUGAAGGAUUUAGGGGCAUCUAGCGGCGAGGUUGCAGAUUGCAAAACUUCCCCCAUGUGCCAAGCAUGUAGGAGGCCAACACGAAAAUGCUUCACCAUCACCAAAGUCAUCAAGUUUCAUCUACUCGGAACAAUGAAUGUCUGUAAAACAUGUUGUGCAAAUCCAUCUUGUAGAUAAUGA